AUGGCCUCCGCCGCAGUCAUGGCGUCCUCGUCGGCGCUUCCCGCCGUGCGCCCACCUCCUCCCGACAUGGACCUGGACGAGGACGACCUUCCCGACAACGCCUUCAGUGCCAUUGACGAGCGCGCCAUCGAGGUGCGCGACUCGUCCGAUCCCAUGUCGAUGCUCAGUUUCUACCGCCGCCUCUUCCCGUGGAAGCAGCUCUUCUCCUGGCUCAACCACGACCUGGCGCACAUGCCGGCCACCAAGUGCUUUACGCACCGCGAGUUUGCCUUUACGCUUCAGAACGAGGCCUAUCUGCGUUACAAUUCGUUUUCCUCCGCCGACGAGCUCAAGAAAGAGGUGUGUCGCCUAAACCCGGCGCGGUUCGAGAUCGGGCCCGUGUACACGGCCAAGCCCAAGGACCGCAAGACAGUGCAGAAGGCGUCGUUCAAGCCCGUGCAGCGCGAGCUGGUCUUCGAUAUCGACAUGACCGACUACGACGAGGUGCGCACAUGCUGUUCGGGCAAGGGCAUCUGCAAGCGUUGCUGGGCGUUUAUCGCCGUCGCGGUGCAGGUGCUCGACCAGGCGCUGCGCGAGGACUUUGGCUUCAAGCAUCUGCUCUGGGUCUACUCGGGUCGUCGUGGUAUCCACGUGUGGAUCUCGGACCGCGAAGCGUUUGACCUCGCCGACGACGCGCGCAAGGCCAUCGUCGGAUGGCUCGAGGUCAUCAAGGGCGGUGCCAGCCAGGUGAAAAAGGUCGAUGCAGGCUGGAUGGGCAGUGCGGGCGGCAGGAGCUUGCAUCCGAGCUUGCGACGCGCCAUCGGCGGAGAGGGCAGCGAGAGUGGCCCACUCAAGCUCGCCUUCGUCGACACGGUGCUCAAGGACCAGGACUGCUUCCGCACACCAGAGCAGUGGGCGGUGCUUCUUCAGCUGCUUCCUUCCAGCGAGGCCGAGGCGAUCGAAAAGCUGCGCUCCAAGUGGGAGCGCGCAUCGAGCCGAUCCAGUCUGGAAAAGUGGCAGGACGUCAUGGAGUGUGCGCAGCGUGCGGGUGAGUACAAGAGCCAGCGUCUCUGGCGACCCUGUCUGGAAGACAUCAUCCUCCAGUACACCUACCCUCGUAUCGACGCAGAGGUAUCCAAGCACCUCAACCAUCUGCUCAAGUCGCCCUUUGUCGUGCAUCCUGCCACGGGCAAGGUUUGUGUGCCGCUCGAGCCAUCCAAGGUGUUCGAGUUCGACCCGGAUACCGACUGCCCGACGGUGGCGCAGCUGCUGCGCCAGCUCAACUCGUACGAGGCCGCGCACAAGGACGACCACCAGCCCGCCAAGAGCAACUACAAGAACGACGAGGCGGCCAGCGGGAGCGUCAAGCAGGACUGGGAAAAGACGAGCCUGCGUCCGUUCGUGCAGCUGUUUGAAAAGCACUGCAAUGCAAUUGCCAAGGAGACCCGUGCUCUGCGGAGGGCUCAGCAGGAGCAGCAGGCCACCGACUUUUAG